GACAAGAUGGCGCCCGGUCGGUGCCGGCGCUGAGGCCGCUCCGCCGCCAGCGGGGCCCGGGGUUCAUGUAAUCAAAGGAGUUCCUUUGUUGUGUGUAUCUUUUCAGAACACAACAGGAAUCCAAAAUGAAUCAGAACACAACUGACUCCCCUGUUGCUGUGGAGACCUUGGAUGAUGUUCCUGAGCACGUGCUUAGGGGCCUUCCUGAGGAUGUGAGGCUCUUCCCAUCUGCUGUUGACAAGACUCGGCUUGGUGUCUGGGCAACAAAAUCAAUUUUGAAAGGCAAGAAGUUUGGACCAUUUGUUGGUGACAAGAAAAAAAGAUCUCAAGUUAAGAGCAAUGUGUACAUGUGGGAGGUGUAUUACCCCAACCUGGGCUGGAUGUGUGUGGAUGCCACGGACCCAGAGAAGGGCAACUGGCUGCGCUACAUAAACUGGGCCCGCUCAGGGAAGGAGCAGAACCUCUUCCCCCUGGAGAUCAACAGGACCAUUUACUACAAGAGUUUAAAGCCAAUCGCGGCGGGAGAGGAGCUGUUGGUGUGGUACAAUGGCGAGGACGACCCGGCGAUAGCGGCCGCGAUCGAGGAGGAGCGAGCGAGCGCCCGCAGCCGCCGGCACUCCCCGAAGGCCCGCAGAGGAAAGAAGAAGACUCAGGAAGGUAAAAACAAGGGAAAGAAGGCAGCAGAAACAAAACAGAAAAAGACUGAUUUGGAUUCUACUUCUGCAGAUAUGAGGGAUUCUAAAGAAGCUCAUAAAGAGGAGGAUGAAACGCCUUCUGUUUCUGCUGUGCUGUCUCUGGAACAAACAGCUGUGAUUCAGGAAAUGGUAAAUCAAGAUGUACUUCCAAAGCUGAUGAUCCCCAGUCCAACCAACGAAACACAAGUGGUAACUGAAGACAAACAAGGAGAAGCAAUAAACUGUGCAUCAGAUGAUUUAGAUGAUGAUGAAGAGGAGGAUGAAGAAGAGGAAGAUGAAGAGGAGAUAGAAGAUACCAAUAUGCCUAGAGAAAAUGCUGGAAUGCCUUUGAUAUGUGAGGAAAAGUUGGACUCCAUGGAAGAACAAAAGAGUACAUCAGAGGAAUCUCCAGAAAGCUCUCCAAAGAAAAAACUCGUGGUGAAAAUUCCAAAAGCAGAGGGGGAAUCCAACGGUGAUGUUCAGGAAACAUUCAUGUUUCCUUGCCAGCAUUGUGAGAGGAAGUUUACAACAAAGCAAGGACUUGAGCGCCACAUGCACAUCCAUAUAUCCACCCUGAACCACGCGUUCAAGUGUCGAUACUGCGGGAAAGCCUUCGGCACUCAGAUCAACAGGCGGAGGCACGAGCGACGCCACGAGGCCGGGCCGAAAAGGAAACCGUUCCUGACACUGACCUCGUCACAACACCUGGAUAAUGUUGCUGAUAACCAAGUCAUUGUGGAUGAUGGUCUUAAAGAUGACCUGAAUGUUUCCAGUCUCGUGCAAGACUCUGUUGUCUUGGAUUCUGAGAAAGUUUCCCAGGAAAUGUCAAACUCCACGUUUGCUGAGGAAAAUAAGGAGCCCAAAGAAUUGCAUCCAUGCAAAUACUGCAAAAAGGUUUUUGGUACUCACACCAACAUGCGGAGGCAUCAGCGUAGGGUUCACGAGCGUCAUCUUAUUCCCAAAGGUGUCAGAAGAAAAGGGUUCUUUACUGAAGAGCCACCUCUCCCGACAGAGCCAGCCCCAGCAGUCCAGAGUGUGUACAUAGCGAGCACAGAAAUAGAAGAGGAAGGUGAAGGAGAUGAUGUCUACCUUAUGGAUAUAUCCAGCAAUAUCUCUGAGAAUUUAAAUUACUACAUUGAUGGUAAAAUUCAGUCCAACAGCAGCACUAGCAAUUGUGACGUGAUUCAGAUGGAGUCCAACUCUGCAGACUUGUAUGGAUUGAAUUGUAUAAUCAGUCCGGUCACAGUGGAAAUUUCCACAAAUUUAAAGGUUACACAGACACAUGUGAAUGAACCUCCUAAGGAACCCGCUAGCAGUGGGAGCAGUGAAUCCAAAAAGAGAAGAACUGCCAGCCCUCCUCUUGUACCAAAAAUAAAAACUGAAAUAGACCCAGAACCUAUAACUCCUACUAGUUCUUUAAAUCUUCCUCUUAGCAUUUCAACAGAAAGCUUACCUUUUCAUAAAGAAAAAGGGGUUUAUUUGUCGUCAAAAUUAAAGCAGCUUCUUCAGACACAGGACAAUAAGAAGAUAACUCCAUCAAGUGAAAUCCCUAAAAUAGGACCUUCUGUUACAUCAACGUCUGUUUUGCCUCCAGUAUCCAGCAGGUUUAAAAGAAGGACCAGCUCUCCUCCCAGUUCUCCACAGCACAGUCCAGUGCUUCGAGACUUUGUCAAAUCAGGCGAGGGAAAAACUGUGUGGAAUGAUAAUGUUCGGAGUUCAAAAAUGCCAAAGUUAGAAAGCCACAGCAACUCACCUGCUUGGAGCUUGACUGGAAGAGAGGACAAAGAGACUUUGAGCCCUCUUUGCUUUGAAGAAUAUAAAAUAUCGAAAGACUGGACAGCAGCUCCGACUUUUGGCAAUGUGUGCAACCAGCAGCCAUUGGAUUUAUCCAGUGGUAUGAAACAAAGGUCUGAUGUCAAAAGCAAGACUCAGGUUCCCUGGGAAUCUGUUUUAGAUCUAAGUGUGCAUAAGAAGCCUUGCAGUGAUGCUGAAAUUAGGGAAUACAAAGAAAAUUCCACACAUGCAACAUGUAGCGGCGUUAAGAAGAAGAAACCCACCACUUGCAUGUUGCAGAAGGUUCUGCUGAACGAGUACAAUGGGACGGAAGCAGCCCCAGACAGCGCGCUGGGCACGGACAGCGCCGCCAGCCCCAGCAAGGCCCUGGAGCCUGAGGCAGAGCCCGACGUGGAUCCCGCGCUCUCGGCGUCGUCUUCCACUGACACUCAGCCCCUGAGCUCCGCCGCUUCCCCCGUGCCACAGGCGUCUGCUGCACCUGCCGUGUGCCAGCUGCCUCCGUUGUUAACGCCCACCAACCCCCCGUCCCCGCCGCCCUGCCUGCCCGUGCUAACAGUGGCCACCUCACCUCCCCCACUGCUCCCAACGAUGCCCUUACCGAUCCCAGAUGUCUCUGCCAGUGCCACUAACACUUCCUCCUGUCCCUCGCCACUCUCCAACACUACUACCCAGUCCCCACUACCAGUUCUUUCACCUACAGUUUCUCCUUCUCCAUCCCCUGUCCCUUCUGUUGAACCUCUUAUUUCUGCUGCUUCACCUGGCCCCCCUACACUGUCUUCCUCAUCUUCCUCCUCCUCUUCCUCCUCUUUCUCAUCCUCUUCCUCCUCAUCGUCUCCAUCUCCACCUCCUCUUUCUGUAGUUUCUUCUGUUGUUUCCUCUGCUGAUAACCUUGAAAGUUCUCUCCCAAUAAUAAAACAGGAAGAAGCUGAAAGCGAGCAGCAGAAAGCGAGAGAAGAUCCUCAUACUUCAAGUGAAUCAGGAGUAGUGCAGGAAACGUUCAACAAGAGCUUUGUGUGCAAUGUCUGCGAAUCACCUUUUCUUUCCAUUAAAGACCUAACAAAGCAUUUAUCCAUUCAUGCUGAAGAAUGGCCCUUCAAAUGUGAAUUCUGUGUACAGCUUUUUAGGGAUAAAACAGACUUGUCAGAACAUCGCUUUCUGCUUCAUGGAGUAGGGAAUAUCUUCGUUUGUUCAGUGUGUAAAAAGGAAUUUGCUUUUUUAUGCAAUUUGCAACAGCAUCAACGGGAUCUCCAUCCAGACAAAGAGUGCACACAUCAUGAGUUUGAAAGUGGGACUUUGAGACCCCAGAAUUUUACUGACCCUAGUAAGGCGAACGCAGAGCACAUGCAGAACCUGCCAGAAGAUUCUUUGGAACCUUCAAAAGAGGAGGAAGAUGAAGAUCUAAAUGAUUCUUCUGAAGAGCUUUAUACUACUAUAAAAAUAAUGGCUUCUGGAGUGAAAUCUAAAGAUCCAGAUGUUCGUAUGGGCCUCAAUCAACACUACCCAAGCUUUAAACCACCUCCUUUCCAGUAUCACCAUCGUAAUCCUAUGGGUAUUGGAGUUACUGCAACAAACUUCACAACCCAUAAUAUCCCACAGACUUUUACUACUGCCAUUCGAUGCACAAAAUGUGGAAAAAGUGUUGAUAACAUGCCUGAGUUACACAAACACAUACUGGCUUGUGCAUCUGCUAGUGAUAAAAAGAGAUACACACCUAAAAAAAAUCCAGUACCCCUCAAACAGACAGUGCAGCCUAAGAAUGGCAUGGUGGUUAUUGCAGGGCCUGGGAAGAACGCCUUCAGACGAAUGGGUCAGCCUAAAAGACUCAAUUUCAAUGUUGAGAUUAGCAAAAUGUCCUCCAAUAAACUAAAAAUAAGUGCAUUGAAAAAGAAAAACCAGCUUGUACAGAAAGCUAUCCUGCAAAAAAAGAAAUCUGCCCAGCAGAAGGCAGAACUGAAAAAUAACCCAUCUGAGACGGACUCUCACAUCUGCCCCUACUGCAACAGAGAGUUCACUUACAUUGGGAGUUUGAACAAACACGCAUCAUACAGCUGCCCCAAAAAACCCAUCUCUCCCUCCUCCAAAAAGAAUUCUUCCAAAAAAAGUGCAGCUUCUUCACCUGCAAACAGUGACAAAGGCAGCAACCAGCGCAGGCGAACAGCAGAUGCAGAAAUCAAAAUGCAGAGCACUCAGCCUCAUCUGGGCAAGACGAGAGCACGAACCUCAGGGCCUGCACAGCUCCAGCUCCCCUCUGCCUCCUUCAAGUCCAAACAAAACGUUAAAUUUGUACCUUCCAUGCGAUCUAAAAAGCCAAAUUCAUCUUCAUCGUUGAGGAACUCUAGUCCUGUAAGAGUGUCUAAAAUGUCCCAUGUUGAUGGGAAAAAAACUAAGGUGGUUUCUAAGAACAAUUCCUCUGGAAUCUCCAGCAAAGCGUCGCGGAAAUUGCACGUCAGAAUACAAAGGAAUAAUAAAGCUGUUUUGCCAAGUAAAUCUGCUGUGGCGAGUAAGAAAAAGGCAGACAGGUUCAGUGUAAAAUCUAGAGAGAGGAUUGGAGGACCAAUCACACGGAGUUUGCAGCAGGCAGCAAAUGCAGAAGCAGCAGAAAGCAAAAGAGAUGAAAGCAGUACAAAGCAAGAACUGAAAGAUUUCAGGAAUCUCCUGUAAAAACAAAACAAAAAAUCUCUUAAUGCCAUGGUAGAGCUGUUGCAUGCUCAUCUUAGGAUAAGCACUAUGCCAAGGGAUGUGAAAUCCAAGCUUGUGAAACUCGCAGAAGCUGAGUCACAACCAUAAAAUUGCCUUCAGGCUUCUUGCUCAUGCUCAUUGUCAGGCCUAGAUUUUCUUACUUCGUGCUUGACACACAGGAUGAUUCAGAUUAAAGCAAAGUACUGUUAAACACAAAUGAAAUCCCACAGGAAAUCAUCAGAAGAAAUAGUGGGAUUAACUGAACCAAAUGUUUUGCUCUUGAUUCUGUCCACACCUUUGUGGAUGGUGUUGGGCAGUUCAGUUUCUGUGCUUGGCAAAGCAGGUUCCUUCAGCCUGCCCAGAAAUCCGUGUAGAUUCAGGGCCAACAAUUGCUGCACUCUGGUAUUUUUGUCAUGUAUUGGGUCUCUUAAAGCCUUUUGUCUAAAUGAGUCAGUAGAGGCCAACCUAGCACGGCAGAAUUACCUUCCCACCUUCUCCUCACUUUCUGAGUCUUUUAGAUGUCCAGUAUACAGUGGAAAAAAGCCUGAUUUGGAUGUUUUAUGGAUUUUCCAAGUGCUUAUUUACACAUGCAAAUAAAACUUUAUAUAGCAGUGAUGAAUUUCUAAACACCAGAUAUAUAAUGGAUGCAGUGUAUCUUUUUAUGGAUUAGAAGGCUAGAGCAGGGCUGCAGACCUGCAUAUUUUGAAAAUGAAAUAUAUAAUUAUUCUAAAAGGUUGUACACCUCUAAUUUAAGACAAUGAAUUGGUCUAUUGUUCAUAGCAGCUUUUUAUGGAAAUACUGUUUGUCACGUGUUCAUAGAACUUUCACAAUUAAUGACAGAAUGGAUGGAAAGUGACUAGUUUCUUUAUACAGACACCCAUUUUAUUUUUUAUUCUUAAAAAGUAAUCUACCUCUUUUAAAUUUGUAGUUUAAUACUUGUUUGGUGAAUUUGUGCCACUUUAACUUUCACUUUCACUAUCAUUCCCAUUUUGUUACAUUUCUGUUAUGGGGACUUUAUGUUGAAAUAUUGUAUAAAGCAUUUGUAGCAAGUUUAAGAAAAUAAAAUAUUUAAAAUUA